GUUUAGAGAUUAUUUUAAUGCCAAAAUGGCUGAAAUUUUUGUAGCGGGAACGAAAUCAAGAUAAAAUCUUAAAAGUUAAAGGUUUUAUUAUCUACAACACUUACAAGUAUUUAACUAAGUUGCAAAAAGACCACAAUGAGUGAAUUUAAGGUACACCACCAUGUUAGUGAGCUGAUGAACCAGCUAGAUGUCCGUUCAACUGAUACAGUGGGUGCUGAAGUAUACACAGAGAUGUUAUUAAAGAAUACAACACCAUACAUAACCACUAAUGUAUCUGCAAAUCAAGCUAAGAGGAAAAUAGCCGAAUCAUCAAAAACACCAAUAGAAUUCCUUGCUAAGUAUGAUGAGCUAAAAUCUAAAAAUGUACGAGAUUUGGAUCCAUUGGUUUUUCUUAUGUCAAAAUUGAGUGAGGAAGAACAGACAAAAGCAGUGCUAGAGAAGAAUUUCAGAGAUAAAGCAGAGAUACAAGGGGCAACUAUAACUCCACAUGAUAUUCCACAGAUGCCUGCCGCUGGACAGAAAUAUACACCACAGAAUGUUGUUGAGUUACAAAUGCAGUUGAGAAAAUUGAAGGAAGGGCCAGCUGUGUCACAGGUCACAUCAUCUGAAAUGUUGAGGAAAGCCUUACGAGAGAAACAAGUUCAAAGAAAUGUAAACUUGCCACAUCAACCAGAGUGGUUAUUUCAGAGAUCAGCUCUCACUAUGGACUUUAUUGUAGGAGUUGAUGGACCGACAGAUUCUAAUAUUGUGCCACUUGGAAACUUGCCAACUAUGAUGCAGGAACAAGCCAUCUUAGAUGAUCUUCUCUGUUGUAUGCAGGGCAUAGAAGGGAAGUAUAUUCUAGCUAGAGCACUUACAGAAAGAUAUGCCCCUAAAGAGUUUAUGAUAGAUCAGAGUCUAGAUGCAUCAUUGUUAGAAAUGGUGAAGAGAAUUCUGCCACUUUCAUCCAACUAUUCCACUGUUGUACGAUUUAUUGAAGAGAAAUCAGCAUUUGAGUAUGGUUUGGUGAAUCAUGCCCUCAGUUCUGCCAUGAGAACUCUUGUUAAGGACUAUAUGGUGUUGGUUGCUCAGUUAGAACAACAGCUUAGACUGGGCACCCUUUCUUUACAAAAGUUAUGGUUUUAUAUUCAACCUUCUAUGAAAACACUGGAAAUAAUGGCAUCUAUAGCUAAUUCAAUAAACAGGGGAGAGUGUAUUGGUGGGGCAGUGCUCAGUUUGUUACAUGAUAAAACAUCCAGUUUUAUUGGUGAUGUGAAAGGCCAAGAACUUUGUUUGUAUUUGACACAAUCAGCAUGUGUUCCAUACUUUGAGGUAUUAGAGAAGUGGAUUUAUAAAGGAAUCAUAAAUGAUCCAUAUUCUGAGUUCCUGGUAGAGGAGAAUGAAACAAUCAACAAAGAAAAACUACAGGAAGAAUACAAUGAUGAUUACUGGGAACAUCAUUAUACAAUAUGUAGAGAACGUAUACCUGUCUUCCUAGAACAAAUGGCUGAUAAAAUUCUCAACACCGGGAAAUACCUGAAUGUUGUAAGGCAAUGUGGUCGAGAUGUUAAAUGUCCAAAUGCGGAGGAGGUUGUGUAUACAUUAAAGGAGAAGAAAUACUUUGAGCAGAUAGAGAGAGCAUAUAGUUAUGCCAGUAAACUGUUGUUAGAUUUACUUAUAGAAGAAAAAGAAUUGCUCGCUAGAAUAAGAUCAAUCAAGCAUUAUUUCCUACUGGACAAGGGAGAUUUUAUUGUUCAGUUUAUGGACAUGACAGAAGAUGAGAUGAAGUUAGACAUUGAGAAUAUUAUGCCACAGAGGCUCGAAUCUCUGCUAGAACUUGCUCUACGUACCAGCACUGCCAAUGUAGAUCCAUACAAAGAUGAUCUCAAAGUGGAUCUUUUGCAGUAUGAUUUAAUCACACAGAUGUUCAAAAUAUUGUCCAUAGAAACCAGCAUGGAGGGAGAUUACAAGAAGUUCCGUAGUGAUCCUACAGAUCUACAUUUAUCUGGUCUGGAGUCAUUCUCAUUUGAUUAUGUUGUAAAGUGGCCAGUUUCCUUAGUGUUAAACAGAAAAGCAUUAACUAGAUACCAGAUGUUGUUCAGACAUUUGUUUUACACAAAACAUGUUGAAAGACAGCUGUGUAGUGUUUGGGUGGGUAACAAGUCAGCUAAGAUGUACAGUUUACAAUCAGCAAGAUGGUACUCGGCUGCCUUCGCUCUCAGACAACGUAUGUUGAACUUUGUACAGAACUUUGAAUACUACAUGAUGUUUGAAGUAGUGGAACCAAGCUGGCUCAUUUUUGAGAGUAAUAUGUUGUCUGUGUCCAAUGUUGAUGAUGUAUUAAAAUUCCACACAGACUUUCUCAACAACUGUCUUAAAGACUGUAUGUUAACCAAUCCCCAGCUGUUGAAAAUUGUCCAUAAACUAAUGAUGGUGUGUGUGACCUUCUCCAACUAUAUAAUG